UUAGCUGCGGUCGCAGUGGUUUUGGCGUCAAUGGUGGCCGAGUAACUGUAGCACCGCACCAGGCCUAUCUACCUGCCGGGCCCCAUCCGUACAACGCUGCCUGGCUGGAUCAGGUCACUGACGCCUGGAACAACGGAGGCGCCGACUCGGACCUGCCGGUGGUGCUGUGGGACGCCUUCGGCAGCACCUCCAAGCCGUACCACCGCCUGCUAGACCUGGUCAUCUUCAGCCCCGACUACAACAAGAACCGGCCGGACGGCCUGACUGCCACUGUGCUGCGCGAGUUUCGAGCGUGGUUGGAGCAAGAGUAUGACUGCGUUCACAAUGUGCCGCACUCAAUGCUCCACGACGGAAUCCGGACAUUGGCCUUUCAGGCGAUGAGCGGCCAGGAGUGCACGUACAUCAGUGACGCCAUCGUGGAGCUGUGCGACCUCAACGGGUCGGCACUCAUGUUUGUCGACGAGGUGCACCGGGUGCUGCAGUCCAAGGACUACAAGAAGGCGUGUCAGCUGGCUACCCGUUUGAGGCUGCACGACCAGUUCGGUGUGGACGAUUUCGUCACGCCUCUGGUGCUGCUCGACCGCGCCAACGUGGCCGAACAGUUCCUGGCCGACUCGUCUGGCCACCAAGCGGCGGCCGUCACUGCGCUCGAUGACCUGCUGGAGCGCAGCCUGCCCGCCGCCGCCAGCGCGCUGGGGAUGCCGACGUUCGCCAAGGACUCUGUGAACCAGAAGACCCUGAAGAAGCUGAUCGAGCGCUGGUGCAAGCGGUUCAGCCUGGACGUGCGACAGGCGGCGCCGCGGACGGCCCUCUUCUCGGCCAAGGCCACCAUGAACUACCUGUUCUACCGGCGCUUCAAGGAGGCCAGCAUCAAGCCGGAGGACUGCGAGGAUUUCCUAAUUGAGAUUCUGGCCGACUAUCCGGAGUUGAUCCAGGACGCCCUGGAGCGACUCAACAGGGAGGGCGCUAUGAUGACACUAUAUAACGUGGCCCUGACGCUGGGCGUCUCACAUCGUGAGCUGCCCCUGGGCCUUCACGACCUGUUCUUCCGGCCACCGGAACGGCCGGACGAGGACUGGGCGUACCGACAGGGGCCGGCACCACGCGCCUCAGACUUCUACCGAAUGCCGUCUCACGUGCGAGUCGAGCUGGUGGACCGGACCGGGCAGCUGCCCUCGGUGGUCCGCGAACUGCAGCUGUACUCGGGUCCGCUGGGCCUGGACGCCGAGUGGAAACCCAUCUCCGUGCGGGACGUCAACGAAGUCUCGCUGCUGCAGGUGGCUACUGAUCAGACCGUUUACGUGUUCGACCUCCAAGAGCUGAGCGGCUCCUCGAAGCAGAUGGAGAGCCUGGGCACGGCGCUGCUCUGCGGAAACAACCUCAAACUCGGGUUCGACUUGGCGAGUGAUUUUGACAUGCUGGAGGCUUCAGUACCCUGUUUCGGCAAGGCCAUCCUGAACCGGAAGAACAUGAUGGACGUCAAGGUGCUGGGCAGUCGCGUGGAGGCCGCCUUCCCGGACGUGUUCCCCUUCAAGGAAGCGCCGGCGGCGGCGGGCUCUCCGGCGGGCUCGUCGGCCGCCGCCGGACACAAGAAGCCCAAGGAGGCGGCCAAGGGGCUGAGCGAGCUGGUGCGCAAGUGUCUAGGCCGUCCGCUGGACAAGGGGGAGCAGUGCUCCAACUGGAAGCGGCGCCCGCUGCGGCCCACCCAGCUCCAGUACGCUGCGACGGACGCCUUCUGUCUGGUGGCCCUGUAUGAGGAGCUCCGCUGGCGCCUGGAGCUGCACCACACCACGCCGCACGAGGUGGUGCGCUGCAUCGUCACCAACACCAACGCCGCACCAAAGGCGGCCGCCAAAGCCAAACAGAAGAAACCGACCGCGCCGGCGCCGCGGGGUCAAGAGGAGCUGCCCAACGCGCCGCCGCCCAACUCGCGGGCCAUCCGUCCGGACGCGUUCCGCGCCGUCUGCGACACCAUGGUGCAGGGCCUCGGCAAGAAGCUGCGCAGCAUUGGAGCCGACGUGGCCAUUCUAGAGAACGGUGACGACCACGACCAGUGCGUGGCGCUGUCCCGCCGCGAGAACCGCGUGAUCCUGACGCGCGGCCGGCAGCUGCACCGGCGCAUGGCCGGUAUGGUGUCCACGGGCCUCUGUUACCGCGUGGACGCCGAAAAGGCGGCCGAUCAGCUGGAGGAGGUGGUGCGACACUUCCGUAUCGACGUGGCGCCCGACGACGUCUUCAAACGGUGCCAGUACUGCAACUGCGCCGACUACUGGCGAGUGCCCACCGGCGUGAUGCGCCGUCUCCGGGACCGACUGGCAGGCGGUGGCGGCCGCGGCGCCGACUUCUGUCCUCUGGAGGGGCAGGGCACUGCUCAGGUGGACCUCAACUCGGGACUUGUGAGGCACACGUCUGUUUACGUGGCGGCGGCCGGGCUACACAGCAGCACCCUGGACGGUACCGACACGUUCUACGUGUGCCAGGUGUGCGGGCAUGUGUACUGGGCCGGCUCACACCACGGCAAGUAUGUGGCUAACCUGGGCGGCAUCAUCGCCGGCGGCGGCGGUGGCGACGGAGCGCACGGCGGUGCGUGGGGCGGCGCGCCGGCGCCCCGACCGCGCUCCCCGCCCAGGGUAAUGUACGAGUCGGACUCGGAAGACGACUGGUACUACUAGACCGCGCCGCCAGCCGCCAGCGCCGGCAUUUAUCCUGCAGCGCCGCGCUUGUUGUGUUGUUAGCUGUUCGCUGCGGUGCGAACUAUGUGCAGUCGGCGAUGGACGCUCCUGCUGACCUGGUGUGCUGGCGUUCAACGGAGGUCAGACCUAUCCUAGCCGAGCGGCCGGCGCUGCGCUGAUGCUACCAGCGCCGUUAGGUCUGACCUACCCUAGCCGAUCGGCCGGCGCUGCGAUAUUGCUGCCAGUGCUGUCAGUUCAGACCUAUCCUAGCCGAGCGGCCGGUGCUGCGACAUUGCUGCCAGUGCUGUCAGUUCAGACCUAUCCUAGCCGACCGCGGCGCAACCUGUGCUAUGCUGUUGCCUGUUGACUGCCUACAAAGUAAUCUAUUGUGCGGACGGGGGCCGGGCUGAUCGCGGUGUGUUAUUGGCCGGCCGCGGCCGCCGCUGGAGUGUUCGGCCGGCGGGUACUGACCGCCGGGAGAGGACGGGCGCGCCGCUCUAUCAGCGGCGCCGCAGUGAUACGGCAAUGUACAAACGGGCGAGGACCGCCGGCACGGGGUGUCUGUACAGGGAGCGGGCCGCGUGUCUGAUGAAUGGACGAGCCGCGCCCGAACGCCCGACGAUUGAGCGCGGCGCAGAGGCUUCCGGCGACCGCGACGCCGCUGACGCGAUUUACUAGUGACGAUUUGCUUAUUUUGAAAAUGAGACUAAGAUGUUACUCACUGGUAAACCUUGUCGGGACAGAGUUAAAAUAAACAUUUAAACGAG